CUUUGUAGGUGUUUCUUGGUAUAAAUAGUUACUUGUUUUUGCUUAUUAUGUUAUUUACCAUUUUCUUUAGGUUUAGGAAAGAUCUAACCGAAUGAAUCACUUUUUCAUUAUUUUGUGCAUUCUUGGAAUAGCACUUGGAGAUGUUUCACAUCUAAGAUCCAGUGGAUAUCAAUAUAGUCGAAAAUGUACAGCGUGUCAAUAUAGUACGGCACCAACAAUAGUAUCAUACACACAGCCACAAAGAAGUUAUGUAACGCCAGGAUAUCAAUACAGUUCGCCAUCGCACCAAUCUGGAUAUCAAUAUAGUUCGCCUGUACAAUAUUCUGGAUAUCAAUAUAGUUCCCCAGUACACAACUCCGGGUACCAAUACAGUCCUCCACCGCGAGUUAUUAAUAUUCCUUCAUUUUCAACUCCAAGAUUUAUUGCACCAGUAAGAGAAUUUUUACCAAGGAAUUAUAUUCCUCCAAUAGCUGCAGCACAACCGCGCUAUUUUGCUCCGGAAGCUAUCAAUUCUCAAGAAAAUUAUAUUUCCCCAUUAGCUGGACGAACAAUAUCGGCACAACGCGAAGGUGUACGAUAUAAACAAGCUUACGUUCAACCAUCGCAACCGGAACCAUCAGCGCAGAAAUCAUUUGGUCCACCACCAGAUCCUUAUGCUUAUACUCCACCGAAAAAAACAAUUAUUACAAGUCCACCACCUAAUCCACCACAACCGGAGACGCAUCAUUCUAAUACUAAAACUGGAUAUAAUUAUGAAAAACCUACAAUUCCCUUUAAUUCAGUUUCACAAAAAGAAUCAUCUGGUACUUUAAAAACAGAUGGAUAUCAUUAUGAUAAGCCUUCCGUUCCAUUUAAUCCACCGGCACCGCAAAUUACCCCUACUCCAAAACAUGUUUCUACUGGAUCUGGCAUACUAACUAGUGAUGGAUAUCAUUAUGAUAAACCAGCAAUACCUUUUAAUCCAGUUUUGAGCCAUACGUCAUCUGGAUCUGGUACUUUAAUAAGUAGCGGAUAUAGUUAUGAUAAACCGCAAGUCAAGUCAAAUCAACAAACAGUAACCACACACAUAUCUUCCGGUAAAUUAACAAGUGAUGGAUAUCAUUAUGAUAAACCAUCAAUACCUUUUAAUCCUGUCCCAAACACAGCAGCAACAACAAUAACAAGUGAUGGUUAUCAUUAUGAUAAGCCCCAAGGCGAUUAUUCAGAUAAUGGAUUAAACUAUAGAAAAAUUAGAAGAGUUAUUUAUCGCUAUAAAAAAAAAUAAUUAAAUAAAAAAAAAAGAAAUGAAAGAUAAAAUUUAAAACUAAGUGAUAUUUUUUUUAAUAAAAAUUUAAUCAAAAUAGUGUGCUAAAAAGUUGAUUUUGUUAG